AUGAACCAGCAGAUGAAAAGCAAACCUCAAAUAGAGACUCAUUUACACAAUGAAUACAGAACAUGCCCCCUAAGCAUGAAUAAAGUGAUCAGAAGCGAUUUAUUUCUAACUUUGAAGAACAUCAUCGAUCAAAAGCUACGUGAAACCACGAUUAAAACAUCUGAUUACGUAGCCAACAUAAAUGAGGUUGUAUACGUGAUGACGAUAACAUUUAAAAGCCAUUGUUUUGCCAUAGAAAACAAGGAGAUAGUUUUUGGACAAACGGAGUGCUUCAAAAUCGCGGAAAUCCUUCCAAAGGAUUUCACUGAUGACAACGUUGAUGUUUUGACAUUAACUCCAGCCUUGCCUUUGAAUUUGAUGAAUCCGCCAUUUGCUGAUGAACUUGCUAAUCAUUUUGAAGAAGGCCAUCUAUCAUUGACACACUCUUACUUUUUUGGCGCUUUGGGAUCUAAGCAAGCAAGCUUAAACAAGCACCCUAUACAAAAUCUUGUUUUUAAGUCGUUGAGGCCUUUUGGCGUAGUCAGAAGAGCUUAUGAAGCAAGCGGCCUGUCAAGUAUUUAA